UCCUUUAGUCUUUAGCUGCGGCCUUGCGCUGUAACGGGGAGCUUUGCGCUUGGGAGUUCGGUGAGAAGCGUGUGCCCGAGGCACAGUACCCGGAGGCCCGGUGUGUCGGCUCUGGAGCUUCAGGGAUCUUGUCAGUCAGUUCGUCAGGCCAGAAAACGCUGGCUGGAGCCGUCCGCGGUGGAAUUCUUUGGAGAUCAAGCCUUCCCUGCUUGAGGAGGGCGCUAGGCGGCGCGUCGCCUGUGCUGGUGCAACCUGGAGAGAUGAAGAAAACUUUGCAGGAUGAGAUUGAAGCCAUUCUUCGGAAGAGGAUUAUGGUGCUAGAUGGUGGGAUGGGGACCAUGAUCCAGCGGUACAAACUAAGUGAAGAAAAUUUCCAAGGGCAAGAGUUUAAAGAUCACACCAGGCCACUGAAAGGCAACAAUGACAUCUUAAGUAUAACUCAGCCUGAUGUUAUUUACCAAAUUCAUAAGGAAUACUUGCUGGCUGGAGCGGAUAUUAUCGAAACAAACACUUUCAGCAGCACUAGUAUCGCCCAGGCUGACUAUGGCCUUGAACACCUGGCCUACCGGAUGAACAAGUGCUCUGCAGAUGUGGCCAGAAAAGCCGCUGAGGAGAUAACUCUGCAGACAGGAGUCAAGAGGUUUGUGGCUGGAGCUCUGGGUCCGACUAAUAAGACACUUUCUGUCUCCCCAUCUGUGGAAAGGCCCGAUUAUAGGAACAUCACAUUUGAUGAGCUUGUUGAAGCAUACCAGGAACAGGCCAGGGGACUGCUGGAUGGCGGGGUUGACAUCUUACUCAUUGAAACAAUUUUUGAUACAGCCAAUGCCAAAGCAGCCUUGUUUGCGCUCCAGAAACUCUUUGAAGAGAAUUAUGCUCCUCCCCGGCCUAUCUUUAUUUCUGGGACCAUUGUUGAUAAAAGUGGACGGACUCUUUCUGGCCAGACAGGAGAGGCUUUCGUCACCAGCGUGUCUCAUUCAGACCCCCUGUGCAUUGGAUUAAAUUGUGCUCUAGGUGCAGCUGAAAUGAGGCCUUUCAUUGAAACAAUUGGAAAAUGUACAACAGCCUAUGUCCUCUGUUACCCAAAUGCAGGUCUUCCAAAUACUUUUGGUGACUAUGAUGAAACACCAUCCAUAAUGGCCAUGCACCUGAAGGAGUUUGCGGUGGAUGGCUUGGUGAACAUAGUUGGUGGAUGCUGUGGUUCAACACCUGAUCACAUCAGGGAAAUUGCAGAAGCUGUGAAAAAUUGUAAGCCAAGAGUUCCCCCUGCUAGUGUUUUUGAAGGACAUAUGUUACUAUCUGGUCUAGAACCCUUCAGGAUUGGACCAUACACCAACUUUGUUAACAUUGGAGAACGAUGUAAUGUGGCAGGAUCCAGGAAAUUUGCUAAACUCAUCAUGGCAGGAAACUAUGAAGAAGCCCUGAGCAUUGCCAAAGUACAGGUGGAAAUGGGAGCUCAGGUGCUGGAUAUCAACAUGGAUGAUGGCAUGCUGGAUGGUCCCAGUGCAAUGACCAAAUUUUGCAACUUCAUUGCUUCUGAGCCUGACAUUGCCAAGGUGCCCCUGUGCAUUGACUCUUCCAAUUUUGCUGUGAUUGAAGCUGGGUUGAAGUGCUGCCAAGGGAAGUGCAUAGUCAACAGUAUCAGUCUGAAGGAGGGGGAGGAGGACUUCCUGGAGAAGGCCAGGAAGAUUAAGAAGUUUGGAGCUGCUGUGGUAGUUAUGGCUUUUGAUGAGGAAGGACAGGCAACAGAAACAGAUGUUAAAGUCAGUGUGUGCACCAGAGCCUACCAUCUACUUGUGGAAAAAGUGGGCUUCAAUCCAAAUGACAUCAUCUUUGACCCCAACAUCCUUACCAUUGGUACUGGAAUGGAAGAACAUAACUUGUAUGCUAUCAAUUUUAUUCAUGCAACAAGAGUUAUUAAGGAAACAUUACCAGGAGUCAGAAUAAGUGGUGGUCUUUCCAACUUAUCCUUCUCCUUCCGAGGGAUGGAAGCCAUUCGAGAAGCAAUGCAUGGUGUUUUCCUUUAUCAUGCAAUCAAGUUUGGUAUGGACAUGGGGAUAGUCAAUGCCGGCAACCUCCCUGUGUAUGAUGAUAUCCAUAAGGACCUUCUUCAGCUCUGUGAAGACCUCAUCUGGAACAAAGACUCUGAGGCUACUGAAAAACUCCUACGAUAUGCCCAGACUCAUGGCAAAGGAGGGAAGAAAGUCAUGCAGACAGAUGAGUGGAGGAAUGGCUCCAUUGAAGAGCGCCUGGAGUAUGCUCUCGUGAAGGGCAUUGAAAAGCACAUUGUUGAAGAUACUGAAGAAGCCAGGUUAAACUGGGAAAAAUACCCUCGGCCUCUGAAUAUAAUUGAAGGGCCCCUAAUGAAUGGCAUGAAAGUGGUUGGUGAUCUUUUUGGAGCUGGAAAAAUGUUUCUACCUCAGGUUAUAAAGUCAGCCCGUGUCAUGAAGAAGGCUGUUGGCCACCUUAUCCCUUUCAUGGAAAAAGAAAGGGAAGAAGCCAGAGUGCUUAAUGGUUCAGUUGAAGAAGAGGACCCUUACCAAGGCACCAUCGUGCUGGCCACUGUUAAAGGUGAUGUGCAUGACAUUGGCAAGAACAUAGUUGGUGUGGUGCUGGGCUGUAAUAAUUUCAGAGUUAUUGAUUUAGGAGUCAUGACUCCCUGUGAUAAGAUCCUACAAGCUGCUCUGGACCACAAAGCAGAUAUAAUUGGCUUGUCAGGACUCAUCACUCCAUCCUUGGAUGAAAUGAUUUUUGUUGCCAAGGAAAUGGAGAGGUUGGCUAUAAAGAUUCCAUUGUUGAUAGGAGGAGCAACCACUUCAAGAACCCACACAGCAGUUAAAAUAGCACCACGAUACAGUGCGCCUGUAAUCCACGUCCUAGAUGCAUCCAAGAGUGUGGUGGUGUGUUCUCAGCUGUUAGAUGAAAAUCUGAAAGAUGACUACUUUGAAGAAAUACUGGAAGAGUAUGAAGAUAUUAGACAGGAUCACUAUGAGUCUCUCAGAGAGAGAAAAUACUUAUCCCUAAGUCAAGCUAGAAAACAUGGUUUCCACAUUGAUUGGCUGUCUGAACCUCACCCAGUGAGGCCCACGUUUAUUGGGACCCAGGUCUUUGAAGACUACAACCUGCAAAAGCUGGUGGAUUACAUUGACUGGAAGCCUUUCUUUGACGUCUGGCAGCUCCGGGGCAAGUACCCGAAUCGAGGAUUUCCCAAGAUAUUUAAUGACAAAACAGUAGGCGAAGAAGCCAAAAAGGUAUACGAUGAUGCUCAGAUUAUGCUGAACAUACUGAUUAAUCAAAAGAAACUCCAGGCCAGGGGUGUGGUUGGAUUCUGGCCAGCACAGAGUGUCCAGGAUGACAUCCACCUGUAUGCAGAGGGGGUGGUGCCCCAGGCCGCUGAGCCCAUAGCCACCUUCUAUGGACUGAGGCAGCAGGCUGAGAAGGACUCUUCCAGUACAGACCCCUACCACUGCCUCUCAGACUUCAUUGCUCCUCUGCAUUCUGGUGUUUCUGACUACUUGGGUCUCUUUGCUGUUGCCUGCUUUGGGGUUGAAGAACUGAGUAAGGCCUAUGAGGACGAUGGCGAUGACUACAGCAGCAUCAUGGUGAAGGCGCUGGGGGACAGGCUGGCAGAGGCCUUUGCAGAGGAGCUCCAUGAGAGAGUACGCCGAGAACUGUGGGCUUACUGUGGGAGUGAGCAGUUGGGUGUCACAGACUUGCGCAAACUCCGGUAUGAGGGCAUCCGGCCAGCUCCUGGUUACCCCAGCCAGCCUGACCAUACUGAGAAGCUCACCAUGUGGAGACUGGCCAACAUUGAGCAGGCCACAGGCAUCAGGUUGACAGAGUCUUUGGCAAUGGCACCUGCUUCAGCAGUAUCAGGUCUAUAUUUCUCCAAUGUAAAGUCCAAAUAUUUUGCUGUGGGGAAAAUUUCCAAAGAUCAGAUUGAGGAUUAUGCUUUGAGGAAGAACAUGCCAGUGGUCGAGGUGGAGAAAUGGCUUGGCCCCAUUCUGGGAUAUGAUACAGACUGACUUCUCUCUCACACUCCUUUACUCUUCCCUUUUUUCUUUUAAACUUUUCUGUUUGCUGACCUCAGGGAGGGCGGGUAUAAUCCAGUGUGCCUUACAAAUAACAAGAAGAAGCGCCUUUGUGCCUGCCCUGCCCUGCCCUGCUGUGAGAAGGCUGAUUGGUGGCAGGUGACGUAGAUUAAGUCCUCUAGGGCCCGGGAAAAGAAGCACUUUUUCAGGGACCUUAAUUGAGGAGCAACAAGGUACCAAGGCUCAUGGUGUCCCUAGGCCCUCAGUGUUGGGACAAGCAGAGGACAUCUUUUGCGUUUCAAAGCAGGGCACCCAGCUUUUUCCCAUUUUUGCCUUUGACCAGGAAGACACUUGUUCCUGGGUUUGUCUGUUUGUUUUCCUUUGGUUUUUUAUUUGUUUGUUGGCUGCCUCAUAUAUUAAAAAAGAUUCUGAAAAUAAGUUGAAUAGGAGAAUAUAUAGAAUAUAUGUAACCCUGGUGCAGAGUGUCACCAUGAGAAGUGUAGCCUUUUAAUGUAAGUGGUUUCAGCAGUUAGACUUGGACAGGGAGAAAAGUAUUCCUUUUCUUUUGUAACAUCUCAUUUCUGAGGCGUAACUAAGUGGAUGUUGAACAUUUCUGUGGCAGAGGCAUGCUCACUGCUUGCUGGACAGAAAUACUGGUACUAUUUGCCCCGGUGUAGGUAGGCACAGUCACUUCCUCAUUUAAUAGCUUGGCUUUUCCCAGGGCUGUUACUUUCUCCCGCAGCUCUGUGUGCUGUCUUUCUGAUUCAGUCAGGCUGACUUCCACAGCAUCCAGCCAGCUGGAGAGCUGUCGGGCGUCAUCUUGAUAACUUGUCCACUUUGAGAGUGCACCUUCCAGCCGACUUUCACAUCGAAUUGCCGCAGACAAGAGGGACUCCCACAUGUCCUUCAUGGCCUGCAGCUGCUGCUGAACAGCAGGGCUGCCUUCCGGAGAGGUACUCUGCAGAACAUACUCCCCCCGGCUCAUGAUCAUUUUCAUCUGGAUUUCUUUUUCCUGUCUCACUGACAACAGACCUCCAACUUGAGCAUUCUGCCAUCCAGCACACUUUUAUCCGACGUGGGGAGGCAGUAUCUGACAUCCAUUCCCGCAGCUCUUUAAUGCCCAGGGAGAACUGGCUGUGCUCAGCAACAAUCCUGUCCAGCCUCGAUACUUUCUCCUUGGUUACAUUGCUUAGCGCUAGAUACUGAGAAGACAGCUGCGACACUCUGUGCACAAGGCUCUUGCUUGCAGCUUGUCCCUUCCAUAGCUGCCGAGCUUUCUCCUUCAGCCUGUGGAGCUGAGGCUCGUAGCACUGUAUCUCCUCAAGGACAGACUGCAGCUUCUGCUGUUGUCUCCUCUUGGUGGGCAGGUCAUAGAGGUGAUUGUCGCUCUCCUGCACCAGUCUCUGUUUACUCAGCCAGCUCUACAUGGGCUCUGCACUCACUUCAGAGUCUUUCAUCGGAUCUUUAGAUUCUCCAAGACUGAUUCCUUUUGGUGAAGAUUUGCAUGAAAAAUUUUCCAGUCUUGUUUUGCGGUUAGGACUUUGGCUUGGACAGCAUCAUAUUUAGCUUGUGUUGCCCAGUUUCACUUUCUGACAGAAACUUCCUGGAUCUUCUGAAGACUGGAAGAAACUUCAGUAAGAUUCUGAGGUAGAUCGAAACAUUUGGCAGUGGUGAUUUUUGCGUUAACCAACUAUUGCUGGAAGCUCCUGGAGGCCUUCCGAAAUCUUUCUUGCAAAAUCUGUUCUUUAUUCUGACAUCCCAUGGAAGCUUGCAAACAGAGACAGUUAUAUUCUUUAAUUAAGCCUGAGACUUUCCCACUGUAUGGGCUCAGGUCCCUGGAAAACCGGCAAAGUUCAUUCAACUGAGACUUGAGAUCCUCUGUCAUAGGCUCUGACUUUUGUAGAGCAUCCAGGAUCUCUCGUCCUUUGUGCCAGCAUUCCACUAUCUCCUCGUCAGUGUUCUUGCCUUCCAGGAGGGUGAGCUGCUGGGCCCGGGUUUUCAGAAGGGUGCUGAGCUGUUCCAGGGCCUGCUCGAGUUGGGUCACCUGGCUGGAGAACUCCUGCUCCGAGAGAGCCAUUUCACUGACCAGAUUCUCCAGGCUGCUCUGUGCUUGGAAGAGGCUAUCCAGUCCAACUUUUUUUUUUUUUUUUUUUUUUUUUUUUUUGUAACAAAUAAGGGAUUAGUAACUAGAAUUAGUAACUAGAAUGUAUAGAAAUUUUUAUUUGGAAAAACAUAGAAGAAAGUCUUUCUCAUGAGGCUGGUAAAAGAUGCUCUGUGGUGAUAAGAAUUGUGAGAUUAGGGUUCACAUCUAUAACAUUUGCAAGAAUGGGGCCCAUAGUUCCAGAUAUGUAAGUAGUCAUGUGCAUGUUACAAUCACUGCUGGCGAACAGUUAACACUUUGCAGAUGUGAGCAUCUGCAGAGUGAACAAGGCUAGAACUCCUAGCAUUUCAGCGUUUUGGUCAUGGCAAUAUAAUUGGGUUAGUAACAGGAAUAACUGAAGUUCUGUCCAUGGGAGAAUAGUUUUAUAAGAUACCAUGGUGCAGUGAAAUUGAGUGGACUACAGCCACACUUGGCAAUAAAGGUGAAUCACAGAAAAUAGGGACAAAGUAAGUCUCUUGAGUCUACUUAAUGGCAUGAUACUGUUUUCAUUGAGUUCCAAAAGUGAAUAAGCUUAAAGAAUGUAUAUGAUAGCUACUUGUGUGGUAAAAUCUUAAAAGGUCACAGAAAUCCCAACAUUAAGUUUAGUGAUAGGUGGCCUUAGGGGCCGGGGGGGGGGGGGUUAAAGGGCAGAGAAGAGCACACAAGUGAGUUAUGAGCAGCUGCUUUAGUUCUGGGGUGGGAGGGCUAUGCUGUUUACUGCAGACAGCAUUUCUGGACAUUUUAAAUGUGCCAUAGUUAAUGUAUUUUAACCAAUAAAGAUAAAGUGAAAU